GAUACAGAGGGCUGACUAUAAUAUGAUGGAUGCUUUUUCCUAGUCAGAUCCCAUAGGAGGGAAUGCAGUCAUUUUGAAGCGAAACAUAACUCUUCAGUAUUCACAAUCUCUGUACAGGGGCACAAUGUCCAGGAACCAUAAGACCAAGUGGGAGCCGCCACCAGCCCGGUCAUUCCAGCCGUUGUUGAGCAGCUCACACUCUCCUCCAACACACAGCUAGAGAAUGGAUGCAUUGUUAGGUUUAUAGUUUCUUCCUAUGGCUUGACAGAAGCAAGCCAGAGCACCAGCUGCUGCCAUGUUCACAUGAAGUUAUAAACCAUGGAAUGAAGCUUUGGAGUUUCCUUUCAGCUGUCCUGGUUGAUAGUGGGGAAAGGUUGGGUAGCAUGCAUGCUCACAGUGCUUGUCGUCUUUAGGCUUGGUUCCUGUGGCUUCUUGGUUUAGGAUUAUGUCUUUACGGGGUCAACUCUUCUCCAGCAGCAUGUCUCAAAUGAGUUGGUUUUCUUCCCAUCUGCCUUCUUCACUGCCCAGUUCUCGCAUCCAUACGUGGGGAUGGGGAAUACGAUGGCUUGUAUGAGUCUGACUUUUGUGCUGAGUUGUGUGUCUUUGCAUUUUUGGAUCUUUACUGGUUCUUUCAUGGCUGCCCUUCACAUUCCUGUAGUGGUAGAAUUCAAAGGUAUAGCCAUGUUAGUCUGAUUCCACAGACUAACAUGGAAUCAGCCAUGUCAGCCUUUGGGGGCUUCCAAAAAGAUUUUGGGCAGACAAGACACAGCUUCCUGAGUAGAAGCUGAGUAUUAAAGAAUGGAGACACAAUGCCUCAUGUUUGUGGUGGAAGAAAUGAAACAGACCCUGAUUCCUGUGUGUGCUUUCCUUGUCUGUGUGGCGUGUUGAUCCCAGCAAGAUGGCUCUUGGUGCAAUGCAGCAGUUGCCAGUGCAAGCCAGGCAAGAGACUGUGCUUGUCUGCAAGAAUCGCACCGACUCCAGGCAAGCCAGAGCCAUAGGCACUGAGGACCGUUCUGAGCGUGGCAUUGCAAAGUCCGUAACAGUUGUUCUGCACAUCCGCCAGCCAUGCUCUUGCGCUGAGAGCUCACCUCUGGCAGCGUGUCACAGGCGGCCACGUUCCGGCACUCGCUCCCGUCUCUCAUGCCGAGGCUGACAAUAGCUAGGGAGAUAAGAAAGGACAGCUUUUAUCUCUCCUCCACCCCACCUUGGGGUUGGUGCUUUCAGAACCCUAUAGAUGUACAUUCAGAUUGUGUCUGAAUCCAGCCACAUGCUGUGCAUUCAGCUGUGUUUUCAAGCACAGAUCACUCGCGAUGUGGAAACUCGUCUUACUAACAUGAGGUCAGUUUCUCGCAGUGGAUUGGUGUGUAAAUAGAGUGGCCCAAAUACUCUAAAGGCACUGGAUUCUCUCUGAUCUUGGAAGCUGUGCAGGGUCAGUCAUGGUUAGUACUUGGGUGGGAGACUGCCAGCAAAUACUGGGUGUUGCAGUCACUUUCGGAGAAGAAUGAAAUGAACCUUUAUUCCUUUGUGAUUUCCUUUUCUGUAUUUCAGAGAAGAAAAGAACCUGCAGAAGCACUUCUGAGUAGUCCCCACCUAAGAGAACCCAUAAAAGUGGACAGGUGACUUGAAGGCACCCAAAGAGAGACACAGGAUCAUUGCUAGGAUAUGACCCAGAGGCCUUACAAAUCUAUUUCUGCAUCCUUCUGAUUCUUCAAGCAAGGAAAGCUCACUCCAAAAGCACCACUUACUAACGUUGAAAAGGAAACUACCUCAAUGCAGAGAAAUAACAACGGAAAGGCUUGCAAUAAGACAAAAGAAAACACUCCUGAAUAAUGUGUAGUUGCAAAGUCUUCAGGACAGAAAUUUGGGGUUUGGUUUUUUCUUUCAGUAUUAAGAUUGGAAUAAUUGGAUUUGACUCAGGGGUUCUGUCAAACCGACAAGCUGUUUGAUGUGAAGGCUUCUUGGCUCCCCAACGAAAAACCUGCUUUGCGGUAACAAUCACUGUAGAGCAGCGGCUUUGCUCUUCCUUCUCCUAAUGCUAUGUGAAGAGGUUCAUCAUAGAACUUUUUAACGUUUCUUUGGCAUACAUUAAUGUUAACAUCAGGUGUAACCAACGCAUGGACAGGAAAAGUGUGGCAGAGAGGGUUUCUUGCCCCCCUGCUUUGAAACCAUGUCCCAGGCUCACUCCAUAGGAUGCUAAGCACGAAACUGACAGUGGUUUUUUAAAGUGAUCACAGCUUGCUUUUGCGAUUCUAAUUUGUAAUUGCAGCCGUGCUGCAUUUGAACACUGAAUAGCAGAGUCAGCAGACCUGCUGCCUAUCUCACUGCUGAUACAAAUUACCUACCUUUUUUGUUUCGUUUUCAAAAUGCCUCCUAUGAGAAUUAUGUGCACAGCCCUCUACUACUGCUAGCAUAGGUAGACUCCCCCCCGCCAACCCCCAAGAAAGCAGCUCAUGAGAACAGAUAGGUAAUUCAAAGAACCAUUGGUCAAGAACUUCCCUAUGUAUUGCUGCAGCGCACAAGAAAGCAAAAUGGACUACAAGCGGCGCUUUUUGCUUGGCGGGUCCAAGCAAAAAGUGCAGCAACACCAGCAGUAUCAAGUGCCGGAGCUGGGCAAGGCCCUGAAUGCGCCUUUGGCAUCUCCAGCCGCAACGUCCCCGUUGGUUUCCCCGGCGGCUGCUGGCGGCUGCAACCAGGCCACCCCCAUCGCAGACAUCCAGCAGGGCAUCUCCAAAUACCUGGAUGCACUCAACGUGUUUUGCCGUGCGAGCGCUUUCCUCACAGACCUUUUCAGCAGCGUAUUUCGGAACUCGCACUAUUCCAAGGCAGCUAUGCAACUGAAGGACGUGCAGGAACAUGUCAUGGAAGCAGCAAGUCGACUCACAGCAGCAAUAAAACCAGAAAUAGCAAAAAUGCUCAUGGAACUGAGCGCCGGAGCAGCGAACUUUAAAGAUCAAAAGGAGUUCAGCCUACAGGACAUUGAGGUACUUGGGCGAUGUUUCUUGACAGUGAUGCAGGUUCAUUUUCAGUUUUUAUCCCAAGCUCUGCAGAAGGUCCAGCCAGUGGCUCAUUCAUGUUUUACUGAAGCUGUAGCACAGGAAAGAAAGAACUCUAGUGUGGCAGAGACCUCCAGCCCCAGCCCCACGACUGAGCUGGAAGAAGCACUGCGGUCGUGGAGAGGAGCAGCUGAGGCCACGUCGCGACUGCGAGAGAGAGGCUGUGAUGGCUGCUUGGCUGGAAUUGAGGUCCAGCAACUCUUCUGCUCCCAGAGUGUGGCAAUUCCUGAGCAUCAGCUCAAAGAACUGAACUUGAAAAUAGACAGUGCUUUGCAGGCAUAUAAAGCUGCAUUGGAAAGUUUGGGUCACUGUGAAUAUGCAAUGAAAGCUGGCUUCCACUUGAACCCAAAGGCGAUUGAAGCAAGUUUGCAGGGCUGUUGCAGUGAUGCUGAAGCCCAGCAGACCGGACGGAGACAGACACCUUCUCAGCCUAUCCAGUGUGAGCUCCCCACUGUUCCCAUCCAGAUAGGGCCCCACUUCUUGAAAGGAAUUUCCUUCAACGAGUCUGCAGCCGAUAACCUGAAGCUAAAAACGCACACUAUGAUACAGCUGAUUAAAGAAGCUGGGUGCCAUAACGGAGUGAUGCCAAGGGACGACUCCCCUGUGACAGAAGUACUGAACCAGGUUUGCCCUUCGACGUGGCGGGGAGCCUGCAAGACAGCGGUGCAAUUGCUCUUUGGACAAGCUGGCCUGGUGGUUGUGGAUACAGCACAGAUUGAAAACAAAGAAGCCUAUGCACCUCAAAUCAGUUUAGAAGGCUCCAGAAUCGUGGUUCAAGUCCCAUCAACUUGGUGCUUGAAAGAAGAUCCUGCAACCAUGUCUUUGCUGCAGAGAAGCCUGGAUCCAGAGAAGACUUUGGGGCUAGUAGAUGUGCUUUAUACUGCAGUGUUUGACCUAAAUCGAUGGAAGGAAGGAAGAGAGCAAGCAUUGCCUUGCAUUCAGAUCCAACUCCAGCGUGAGAUUUGUGACUUCGGGGGCCACAUUGACUUACCACCUGGAAAUGGAAACAAGCCGACUGGUGGCCUGCAAAAGACUUUCUCAAAGCUGACUUCACGAUUUACAAAGAAAACUUCCUGCGUAGCUUCCAACAGCGGGAGUUACACCAUUCCUAGCACACCUUCCAAAACCCUUUUUAUAGCUAACAACUCAGAGGAUAAAGCAAAAAUGCCCAGCAAUGCAGAUGCCCGGCUGCAGAGCAUUUUGACCAUUGGUAACUUCCCCAGGGCAGUUGAGUCCUCAUCCCAGGCGCCGCAGAGCUCCAGCAGCCAGGUUGUCAACGGGUUUCUUCUCGACAGGCGUGAUGGCGGCAAAGCAGAAAAUGGCAAGGAUGCCAAAGGCAUGAAGCUGCCAACCGACCAAGAAAUGCAAGAGGUGAUUGAUUUCCUCUCCGGUUUCAAUAUGGGCAAGUCCCAGCAGGCCUCUCCGCUGGUGAAGAGAAGGAACUCGGUUGCCUCGUCUUCGGCGGUGGCAGAACAGAAGCUGGUGGCUGUGCAGCAGCAGCCGCAGUCUUCCUCUCACACCCCUUUGCACCAUCUUCAGCAAGGGCUGUCCCAGCAGCAGACGCCCCAGAAAGGCCCCCCACAGCAGCAGUACUAUCAGCAUUUGCUUCAGCCCAUUGGGACCCAACAGCAGCCACAACCGCCACCGCAGCGUCCUCCGGGCAAAUGGCCAGCCGGUCCUAGUCAGCCGUCGGCCCAAACCGUCGGCCCGGGAUUGUCUCAUAUGCCUCAGUGGAGCGGCCAUGCCUUUUCGGACCUGAGUUCUGACCUGUACAGCUUGGGCCUGGUGAACAGUUACAUGGACAAUGUGAUGUCGGAGAUGUUGGGGCAGAAACCUCAGGGGAUGAGGAAUAACACCUGGCCCAAUCGUGACCAAAGUGAUGGGAUCUUUGGGAUGUUGGGAGACUUUCUGCCCUUUGACCCUGCAGUUGGCUCUGAUCCAGAGUUUGCCCGCUAUGUGGCUGGGGUCAGCCAGGCCAUGCAGCAGAAAAGGCAAGCACAGCACUUCCGUCGGCCCAGCAAUGCCCGCAGCAACUGGGCACAUCCUGAUGACCCUCACAGAACCUGGCCCUUCCCAGAGUAUUUCACCGAAGGGGAGAUGGCAAGCAGCUGGCCAGGCACUCAGGGAGACUCGGCCAGCUCCAGCGAUGAGACUUCUUCAGCCAACGGAGACAGCCUGUUUUCCAUGUUCUCAGGGCCAGACCUUGUUGCUGCAGUCAAACAAAGAAGGAAACACAGCAGUGGGGAGCAAGACCCGAGCACACUUCCUUCACCGCCACUCCUCUCCACAGUGGAUGAUCAUAAUCAGGACAACAAAACCAAAACCUGGCCUCCGAAAGCACCGUGGCAACAUGCGCUGCCGAGCCCCAGCCUGUCUCUGUACCAGAUGAGCAGCCCGGCCAGCCAAUGGAAUGACACCCUGCAGAUGCUGCAGUCGCCCGUGUGGUCCACAGCCAGCGACUGCGCCCCUUCGACAGGGAUCUCCUCCUCAGCCUCCUCUUCCUCUUCCACCUCCACCUUUGCCUACACACAGCAGCAGCAGCAGCAGUCCCCGCCGCUGCCUCCCCCGCAGCACAAACCGAUGAACAAGGGCUUUAAACCUUUCCCCAUCAAACACGAGCGCCGGCCGUCCUACAUGCACCAGUACUGAUGGUUGGUGGGUCUGGCUUGUUUUUGUGUUCCUGGCCAGAGAGGCAGCACAGGACCAAAGUCUUUGGUGUGGCACACCUUUGCUUUGUUUUACAGUCGAGGGGUGAGUGCUUCUCUUCUGGUCGUUCUGUAGAGUGACAGCUUCUGAGUGGCGAUGAUUCUCUCUCUCUCUUUCUCUCUCUCAGUCCUUGUCCCAAGCCCCGUCCUCCUUGUUAUUUUUGACCCUACUGAGCAAAUGGUGCCAAGGCGUUAGGUGUGUACACACAACAGCCCCAAACUGUGAUCGCUUUCAAAGCGGAAUGGACUACCCUGCUAACAAACAAAAAACUGCUUACGUUAACUACCACAGGAAAAACAACAACAACAACACUGUAUUUUAUAGCUAUUUUUUAAUAUAGAUUUAUAGUUGCCAUUUCUUGCUAAAAUGAAUUUUGAGUAUUUUUUAAAGCAAAUCCAAGCAGUUUUGCUCAACUCUCCUUUUUUGUUGUUUUGGUUUUGUUUAGAUUUCUAUAAAGUCUUCACUCCGACUGUGUAGGUGACAGUAGCUUUUUUAAUGCUUCCUCCGUUCGUUAAAACGUACCACACUUGUGCACUUUGUCACAGGAGUGGUACAAGAGCGACGGCGAAACUGGUCUUUCUGGUUAUUUCGCUGGAGCAAAACAAAAAAUAGCUGCCACAAGUUUCCUGGCCAGUCCAUGGGCACGAUCCACCGUUAGCCUGCGCUCACACUCCAUAAAGUCAUUUUUUAGGUGGAUUGUGUUCACUUGUGGCAGACACUACAUGUGAAUACACAACUUGAUACUUUUUACAUUUGGCCAAAGGCAUUAUCCAUACAGUGCUCCUUAAAUGUAUGAAAGAAUUGUUAGGACUACUUGCAAAUAUUUAAAAGUCUUAUUUCAAUGCUAGACUUAGUGUGUAAAAAUAAUGAGCUGGCUCAGAACAGAGAGAGAAUACCUAAAAACACUAUUUUUUUGUCGUGCUAAGGAUUAAAGUAAUUGCUUUCAGUCAAUAUGUGCCAUUAAAUAGGUGAACUUGUGGAAUUAGGAACUCUAUCUUCCAACCAAAGUGGAUCUGGGGGGGGGGGGGAAUGACUGGUGCUUAAAUUGAAUUUUAAAAACAGAGGUAAACAUGUAUAGUUAAUCCCAUUGUAUAUUCAUUGAAGUGAGAGAAGUCUUUAUAAAACCUAUUUAAAUUUUCAUAUUUCAUCUUUGAAAGAGUAAUUAUAAACCACAAUAUUUUCUGGUAUAAAGGUUUUUGACAGUAUUAAUAUUAUUUUUAUAUUUUCUUAAGUCAUAUCAUUCUAAUACAUUGACAAGUAAAAUGAGUUAUUAGUUACAAAUGCAUAUAGUUUUUUGAUGAAGAUAAAAAAGCACAUUUAAGUUCUCAUUUUCUACAAACUAAAUACAUGUGUAUAUUAAAGAUACCAAAUUAUAUAUAAAUAUAUAUAUAUAUAUAAAUAAAAACACGCAACACUAAAUGUUGUGGCGGGUAGAGUUCAGGCUGACGCGCCUUUUGCUUGUGUGGCAAUGGGCCAUCUUGGCAAGCCCAGAAUGUGACUCUUUGUGCUGGUGGAUGAUGCCAAUGUUGCCUGUAUUUAUGAUAUUGUCACCAUGUUUCCUGAAAACAACAACAACCCAUCCUUACCAUGUUUACAGAGUUGUUUGCUGUGCAUAACUUUACAGUCAUGUGCUUUGCACAAUCAGUGUGGCUUCCUGUCUGUAAAUUGUUAAUGUUCUGUACGUUCUGCUAAAAAGUUAGUGACUUCUAAAAAGUGGUUUUUGAAUUUCCUCAAGUAUGCCAUUGAAACACUUUAUAUUGGACCCUAAAACCAGUUGCAGUUGUAUGCCACAGUGAUUUCAGGUCAAAAGUGCAGAUGUGUGUCGGAUCGCGCGGAGCCCCUAUCCUGUGAUUGCACCCCAGUCUUCGUCCGUUCUCAGCGCUGGGCAGUUUCCGAAACUGGAGGGGGCAGCAGCGGCAGAAGCGCAGAGGGGCCCGUUUUCUCUCGAGUAGGUGCUACAUCAUCCUCUGCUUCCAGUUCUUCUGAACGCUGUUGUGUUUCCCCAGGUUGUUUCCACUUGGCAACCAGACCUUGCUGUACAGAGUUUCACACUGCCAAGAGCAAGGGGUUUGGUGCUUAAGAAACUUAACCUUGUUGCCGUACUUCUCUGAGUAGCUAAUGCUUUUGGAACUGGAACUGUAUAUUUUGUAUUUUAAUUUUAAAAGCACCUGUAAGUAAAACCACCACCACCACCUUAUUUGCUUUAUUAAAGAUAUA